UAGAGGUUUUUGCAGUCGUAGGCGGAACUUCCGGUUGCCUGUACAAACCGACUGAGGCCUCUCCAUGCGGUUUUGAUCCGGUGGAUUUCAGCGCUAACCUCGUACAGGCAAACACAUAAUCACGUAUAAUGGCUGAGAAUGACGUUGACAACGAACUGCUCGAUUAUGAGGAGGAUGAUGAGCCACAAGGAGCACCGGAGAGCGCAACCCCAGCGGGGAAGAAGGAGGUGAAGGGGUCUUACGUUUCCAUCCACAGCUCUGGCUUCAGGGACUUCCUCCUGAAGCCAGAGCUCCUCCGGGCCAUCAUAGACUGUGGUUUCGAGCAUCCGUCUGAAGUCCAGCAUGAGUGCAUCCCCCAGGCCAUCCUCGGCAUGGACAUCCUGUGCCAAGCCAAGUCUGGUAUGGGCAAGACGGCCGUGUUCGUCCUGGCCACGUUGCAACAGAUUGAGCCCGUCGACGGACAGGUCUCUGUGUUAGUCAUGUGCCACACACGAGAGCUGGCCUUCCAGAUCAGCAAAGAGUACGAGCGCUUCUCCAAAUACAUGCCCAACGUGAAGUGCGCCGUGUUCUUCGGCGGCCUGGCCAUCAAGAAGGACGAGGACACCCUGAAGAAGAACUGCCCUCACAUCGUGGUCGGGACCCCCGGGCGGACCCUGGCUCUGAUCCGCAACAAGACCCUGAGUCUGAAGAACGUCAAGCAUUUCGUCCUGGAUGAGUGUGACAAGAUGCUGGAGGCGCUCGACAUGAGGCGUGACGUGCAGGACAUCUUCAGGAUCACCCCCCACGAGAAGCAGGUCAUGAUGUUCAGCGCUACGCUGAGUAAGGAGAUCCGGCCGGUCUGCCGCAAAUUCAUGCAGGACCCGAUGGAGGUGUUUGUGGACGACGAGACCAAACUUACGCUGCACGGUCUGCAGCAGUACUACUGUAAACUGAAGGACAGCGAGAAAAACCGCAAGCUCUUUGACCUGCUGGACGUCUUGGAGUUCAACCAGGUGGUGAUCUUUGUCAAGUCUGUGCAGCGCUGCAUCGCUCUGUCUCAGCUGCUGGUGGAGCAGAACUUCCCUGCCAUCGCCAUCCACAGAGCAAUGGUUCAGGAGGAAAGACUCUCUCGCUACCAGCAGUUCAAGGACUUCCAGAGACGGAUCUUGGUGGCGACCAACCUGUUUGGCCGAGGGAUGGACAUCGAGAGGGUGAACAUCGUCUUCAACUACGACAUGCCCGAAGACUCAGACACCUAUUUGCACAGGGUUGCCCGUGCCGGCCGGUUCGGAACCAAAGGCCUGGCCAUAACCUUCGUGUCGGAUGAAACUGACGCCAAGAUUCUGAACGACGUGCAGGACCGUUUUGAAGUCAACGUGGCCGAGCUGCCGGAUGAGAUCGACAUCUCCUCUUACAUCGAGCAGUCCAGAUGAGCCCCCACCCCUCCAGACCAACAGAAGUCUCCUCUUCGUGGAUCCAGUCUUUUUAUUUGGAAGUAGACGUACUUCGUUGUUGAUUUGAAAGCUCUGCACGUUUGUUCACAAAAACCUUUAUUUUUAUUGUCAGUUUAUGGGACAGGGGGGUUUGAUUUUAAUUUCUUUUAUGGUUUCUUUUAUUUUUUUUGUUUUGCCUCAAUUAAAACUUUUUAUAAAAUGCCAUUUUUAUUGUUGUGCUCUCUCAUUAAGACUGUUGUCUGCAUUGUUUUAUUGCGCUGUUGAGGUAAACCUUAAUAGACUUGAGGAGUAACUUGGAGCUGUCUUUUCUUCUUUCUUUUUUUUUUCUUCUUUUUUUUUUUGCUUUUCCCGAAGCCUAGAUUUGUGUUGUAGGGUUUUAUAUCUUCAAUGCUAAAGGUUAGCGGUCUUUAGAUUUGAGUCAAUCGACUGAUUUGGCUCAUGUGGCAGCUCUUUCUACGACUUUCUAAUGGAAUGCCUUCUAUAUAUUAAGUCAACAAGUAGAAUCCUAGUGGUGAAAUGGCAGAUUUUGGCAAAGUUUAGGCACUGUACCCCCUCAAAACGCUGAUUCUCACUAUGUAUGUCCUAGACUUUGGUGUGUAAACAUAAAAAUAAAUUGGAACAAACAAAUGA